AUGGAUCCAGCAGAAGAACAAGCACAAGAGAUUGAGAUCUUACAAUCCAUUUACCCCGAUGAGCUUGAGUUUCUUAAUGAUUCGCAAACACAAUUUCAAAUACAGUUAAACCUAGAUGUGCCUAGUGAAAGGCGGCACGGAUUAAUUUUAGUUGUAAAGUACCCAGCCAGCUACCCAGAAGUCAUACCCGACCUUCGAGUGGAAAUAGUAGAGCAAGAAGAUGACGAGGAUGAUGGACAAAAUUCCGACGAAGACGAUGAUGAAGAUGACGAAGAACGCAAAGCUACUAAAUUGGCCUUGCACAUGGCCGAGACAAUCGAGUUUGAGCGCGACGACUUGUCGAAGCUCUUGAGUAAACUUAACGAAGAAGCUGAACUUAUGCUUGGUAUGCCAUCGAUAUUCACAUUAGCCACAGUAUUGAAGGAAGAAGCAGAAAAGCUUUUUGAAAGUAAACUAGAUGCUGCCGAGAAGGAGUUUGAAAAGAGGCGAAACGAAAGAGAGAAGGUAGAGCAACAGAAAUUCCAGGGUACAAAAGUGACUCCCGAGAAUUGGCUCGAGUGGAGAAACAAGUUUAGAGCGGAAAUGCAAGUUGACAAGAAAGAUGAAUUGAGAAAACAGGAGAUGCACAAUGGUAGAAUGACUGGAAAGGAGAUUUUUGAGAAAGGUUUGGCUAAAGAAGAUGAAGGGGAUACUGAAACUAAUGGCGAUGACCAGGACAAAUUGGCUGAAGGCGUGAGCAAAGUGACUGUAUAA